AUGAACGAAAUAGACGAUAAAUUUUAUUACGUUUAUAGCUCGUCAUUAGAUCAUAAAGUGGAAAUAAAGAUUGGGACACUUGAAGGAAAGCGUGCAAAACCAGAAUAUGAUAUGCUUCUAUCAGAUCCAAUGCUCAAAUUUUCUGGGCUUUAUCAAGAAGGUUGCUCAGACUUGUAUGUAACAUGUCAAGUGCUAUGUGAUGGAGUACCUCUUGCAUUGCCUGUCACAACAUCAUACAAGGCUUUUACAAAUAGAUGGAACUGGAAUGAAUGGGUGACUCUUCCAGUAUACUACAGUGACCUACCACGGAAUGCUAUACUUGCAAUGACCAUCUAUGACUGCGCUGGACCUGGGAAGGUAAUGGUUGUGGGAGGUACAACCAUCUCAUUAUUUGGGAAACAUGGCAUGCUACGACAGGGUAUGUUUGAUCUUCGUGUGUGGCCUGGGAUGGAAGGAAGUGAAAAAACCCCAGGAAAAGCACCGGAUAGGGGCAAGGAGCAGAUGCAGCGAUUGGCAAAGUUGGCCAAAAAACAUCGCAAUGGGCAUAUACCUAAGGUGGACUGGCUCGACCGGCUAACCUUCAGGGAGAUUGAAAUGAUAAAUGAGAAGGAGAAAAGGAAUUCUAAUUAUAUGUACCUCAUGAUUGAAUUUCCCACCAUUCAGAUAGAUGGCGUCGAUCAUGCAGUUGUUUACUACGAGCAAGAUGGCGACGACAUGUACCAGUUCCGUGCACAGGCAGAAGUCGUUACCGUGCCUGAUUACGAAAUAUUACAGGAAAACUUGGUAGAAAGCAAGCAGCAUCGCCUGGCUCGUUCAGUGCGUGGUGUAGCACCAGCAAGGGACGCGAAGCCCUCAGCGGCGGAACGGGAUCGCCUCGCUGCCAUACUUAGUGCACCCGCCGCACCCUUGUCCGCGGAUGAGCAGGACCUUAUAUGGAAAUAUCGAUUCUACUUGUCAUCACAUAGAAGAGCGUUAACAAAAUUCUUAGAAUGCGUCAAUUGGAACCGACCAGGCGAGGUCCGCCAAGCAUUAUCUAUGAUGAAGCAAUGGGCACCGAUGGACGUGGAAGAUGCCCUUGAACUGCUAACUCCAAAGUUUUCUCACCCCGCUGUUAGGAAGUACGCGAUAUCAAGACUAAAACAAGCGCCCGAUGAAGAUUUGCUACUGUACUUAUUGCAACUAGUACAAGCUCUGAAGUAUGAAGACUUCCUAGAAAUACAUGAAGAAUACGUCCGUGUAUGUGGCAAGGAUGUUGCGAUGUACUCGGAUGGGGAAGGAAAGCCACAACAACGGGCUAGUCAAACUACUUUGCUCUCUGCCUCGGUAGGUGUGUCUGCUGAGAUGUCAACAUCGAUGACGAGCAGAAAUUCAGAGGGCGCUGACGAAAGCGUGAUUUCAGAGACAGGCACUUCGGAGACACUCGACAAUAAUACAGACUUUAAUGAAAACCCGGAACCAGAAGAACAAAGUCUUGCCAGUUUUCUGAUCAGUCGUGCCUGUAACAACCUGGUGCUAGCCAAUUACCUCUACUGGUAUUUGCUGAUUGAGUGCUCGGAUACUGAUUCAGGCCCACGUGAUAUGCCAACAAGGGGGAUGUAUCUUGCUGUUAUGAGGAGCUUCUCACAACAACUUGCUAAAGGUAACACAGAUUACCAGCGCAUACGAAAUUUCCUCGCACGACAGCAAGUGUUCAUAGAUAAGCUCGUAAAGUUAGUAAAAAGUGUGGCCAGAGAAAGUGGCAACCGGAAUCGAAAAGCUGAACGAUUGCAACACUUGCUCGCUGACCCGGAUGCGUUCAAGUUUAAUUUUGCUAACUUUGAACCGAUGCCGUUCCCACUGGAUCCCACUGUUACAAUAAAGGGUAUAGUAGCCAAAAAGGCUAGCCUGUUCAAAUCGGCUCUAAUGCCGUGUAAGCUAACUUUUUUAACGUCAGAAGGAAGCGAGUACGAAGCCAUCUUCAAACACGGAGAUGAUUUACGUCAAGACCAACUUAUUCUUCAGAUGAUUACCCUAAUGGAUAAAUUGCUUAGGAGAGAGAAUCUAGACCUAAAACUUACACCAUACAAAGUAUUAGCAACAAGUUCGAAGCACGGAUUCCUACAAUUCAUUGAAUCUGUGACGGUAGCUGAAGCUCUCGCUAGUGAGGGUAGUAUACAAAACUUUUUCCGCAAACACAAUCCCUGCGAAGGCGCUCAGUAUGGCAUCAGACCUGACACGAUGGACACGUAUAUACGGAGUUGCGCGGGUUAUUGUGUUAUUACGUAUCUGUUGGGUGUUGGUGAUCGUCAUCUAGAUAACUUACUCCUUACAAAAUCGGGGGCUCUCUUCCAUAUAGACUUUGGUUAUAUUCUCGGUCGGGAUCCAAAGCCGCUACCCCCACCUAUGAAACUUAGUAAAGAAAUGGUUGAAGCUAUGGGUGGUGUCCAUUCCGAACAUUACCAUGAGUUCCGAAAACAAUGUUAUACAGCGUUUUUACAUUUGCGCAGACACGCAAACCUGAUGCUCAAUCUAUUCUCGCUUAUGGUGGAUGCGUCAGUGCCGGAUAUCGCGCUUGAGCCUGACAAAGCUGUCAAGAAAGUGCAGGAUAAGCUACGGUUGGAUCUGGGCGACGAGGAAGCCGUACAUUAUCUUCAGAACUUAUUGGACAUGUCUGUUACAGCUGUAAUGGCGGCUUUAGUCGAACACUUCCACAAGUUUGCGCAAUAUUGGCGCAAAUAG